AUGACCGCUGACGAACGUAACGACUCUCAAACGACCAUACCGCUACCGCCUGCAGCAGUCGAGACUACUGGCAGACGACCUGAACGUGAGAAGCAAACUGCCCCUGUUAAUUCGAAGGAUGUCGAGGACAAACCGUACAGCAUAUACUCAUAUAGGGAGAAGUGGUUUAUCGUCUCGGUAGCCUCAGUGGCUGGUAUCUUCAGCCCAUUUACUGCCAACAUUUAUUUUCCCGCUAUCCCAACUAUUGCCGUGGCUUUCAACAAGUCAACGGAGUUAAUCAACUUAACGGUCACCGUCUACAUGGUACUUCAAGGUGUCACACCUAUGUUUUGGGGUACCAUGGCCGAUCGGCUUGGACGAAGACCAAUAUUUUUGGCGUGCAUCCUCGUCCUUGCGCUAGCUUGUGUCGGACUGGCACUUACGCCCACCAAUGCGUAUUGGCUUUUGAUGCUCCUUCGUUGUGUGCAGGCGGCCGGAUCUGCUAGUACCAUCGCUCUUGGUGCUGGUGUGAUUGGAGACAUUGCUACGCCUUCUGAGCGUGGAGGGUUUUACGGCUUGUUCAAUAUCGGACCUAUGGUUGGCCCCUGUAUUGGACCCGUUCUAGGCGGUAUCCUUGCUCAGGAACUUGGGUGGAGGUGGAUCUUCUGGUUCUUGUGCAUACUGUCCUCUGCAUGCCUUGUUUUUAUGCUGCUCUUUCUACCGGAGACGCUCCGGCGCUUAGUCGACGAUGGCAGCGUUAUGCCGUCGAAGAUCUAUCGCCCUUUGAUCCCUCUGGUGGGUCGAGGACGUAUUUCUCUGUCCAAGGAAAGGCCACCUCCUCGCCCAUUUCGAAACCCUCUAUGGCUCUUCACUUACCCCGACGUCCUGAAUCUUUUGGUCCUCAACGGGUUUCUGUAUGCCGCAUUCUACGCCAUCAUUGCGACCAUAUCCACUCUCUUUGAGGAAGUGUACCCUUGGCUUACGGAAACCGAGAUCGGGCUGUGUUACCUUGCUCCGGGCGGUGGCAUGAUGCUAGGCUCCGUUCUCAUUGGCAGGCUGCUGGACAGGGACUACAAACGCUUCAAGAAUCUGCUCAAACAGGGGUCUGGAACAGACCGAGAGAAGGCUGCAGUACACGAGGGUGGCUCGGCAGACGUAAACUUUCCUGUGGAGAAAGCUAGACUACGGAUUGUUCCGAUUCUCGUCCUUCUCAAUGCCGCUGCGUGUUUCGGCUACGGAUGGUGCCUUCAGAAAGAAGUUAAUCUCGCUGGUCCGCUUCUAUUAAGCAUGCUUCAGGGCUUCGUGGCAGUUGCCAUCAUGAGCGCCCAACAAACGCUGUUGGUGGACUUAGUCCCUACACAGAGCUCCUCCGUUACUGCAUGCAAUAACAUAGUUAGAUGUUCUCUAGGGGCGAUUUCCGUCUCUGUCAUAGACAUCAUGCUCAAAGCCAUCAGGCCUGGCUGGACUUACACGAUAUACGGUUUCAUUUGCCUCCUCACUGUGCCCAUGACUUACCUUGCAAUUCACAUCGGCCCAAGAUACCGCGCAAAAAGAUACGCACGGGAGUAA